GAUUAUUUUGUUAAAAUUAAAAAUACCUUGUCGUUGCCAUUGCCGAGAUGAAGAUCAGCUGUUGGCUGCUCGUAGUCAGGGAGGAAGUGAUGCAGGAGAAUGCCCACUGUGUAGCUACACUCAGUGACUAAAAGGGGGAAGCACAAAGAAAUGGACUGCUUUGGUCCGAGGUGGUCCUUUAACUCACUCUGAAGAGCGAACGUAAUUCAGAAUGGAUUAAAAAGUACCACCUGGUUGCUAGUGUUUCACCUAUUUUCUUUUUAAAAGCGGAGAUGAAUACGAUACUGAUGAGGAAGUUUCUCUCAGCUGCCAGCUAGUUAGCUAGCAUUCUGAGUUAACGCGACGAGUUUGCCUCAGUUCGUUUCUGGUCGUGUACGCUAAAUUGGCCAACUUACUUACCACUUAAUUUGUACUGGCGACCCUGACGUGAUGUUCAUUCAAUUCCAGAUGAUACAGUUUCCCAAAAAGGUAAGUUUGUGUACGAUGUUAACUGUGGCGUUUCUCGGUGUCUUAAUCGGAAGACCUAGCUUAGCCGAUAGCUAACUUUUAGUGGACCGAGCUGAUGCUAGCUAGCUGUGGCGACGUCGUCAGGGCCAGGCAGUUGUUGAUGUAACGUUAGUAUUAAAUGGCCCGGUGGCGGCGAUGUCUCGCCAAUCAAUAACAGCUUUGACACAAGUACCAUCUGAAUAAGUGAACAGAUGGAAAUGCCAGGUGUUAACGGUUAUCCAAACACUGUUUACAUGGUAUUUGUAAGUGUUGUGCUUGUGCAUGUGCUGUUAAGCCCACUUGAACCUGUUUAUGCUCGCCAUCAUAACGUGGUAAAAAUAACGUUAAUGCUAGCUCACGUUAGUGGAGGACAGUUCUGUGCAUUGACACCAGCGGUGCAAAUAUCACGCGAACUGUAGCUCAACUUUGUCUCCCAGUUUUAGGACUACAUCUAGUUAGCUUAGUUAAAAAUAAUGGCUGAUAACUUGACGUUAAGAGUUUGGCUACCACAGCGUGCAGAUUGUAUUUAAAACAUUCUAAUAACUAAGUGAGGCUUCAGACGUCCAUCAUAUGUUAGGUAGGUGGAGUUAGCCAGAGUGUGCCAGUGAGAGAUUUGCCUCGACAUGCCCAGUUCAGUGAUCAGUACAGUCGAUUUGCUGAAUACAUUUUCAUUGUUAACGUUAGAACAAUAAUCAAGGCUUUGUAAGACCAGUGAUAACCACAGACAGCAAAAGUUGUUUUCAAAAGUAAGUCGAAGUUGUGUAUUUUUACAACAUGUGCUCAUGAGUUGAAUCUCAUUCAGGACAAAGCCUGUCUCUCAGGUCUCUCACUGGACACCUACAGAUGCUCAUCCAGAGAUGCAUUAGCCUCUUAUACCACCGUCUUUGUAGUUAUUAAUCAGUAAUUGAACAUUCCUGCAAUGAGGCAAACUGCUUUGUUGUGCUCAAAUGACAUAUUCAUAGGAUGUUGACAAAAAUAGUCCUGCAGCGUUGGGAGUGAUGAGCUAUCACUUUCUGCUUAUGAUGACAAGAUUAUGUGUCUUUUCAGCAGCAUGUCUGACACGUCAUGUCGGAGCAGAGUAGACAGACGCUUUGAUCUGUGCUCAAUGCCUGCAGAGGGAUUGUCUGUAAGUAACUCCCAGCUACUUUUUUGUUAGUUAUCGAACACCUGAUCAACUCACACAUUUUAUGUGAGCAGAUGUUACAGCUGACUGAUUAAUUGCAUUAACUACACAUGAAGUCAUGCUGCUUUGUGAGAAAUGGGGUAGGUAGAAAAUAGAUAAUGCUUUUACACAUUGCAUUAGUUUGAUUACUCUGAACCCCAGUUUAUAUGCACUUCGGUCACUAAUCAGAUUUUCAUCUUCCUCUCCAAAGUUAUUUUUCUUGCCAAUCACAACCGUAGUUAGUACUGUGGCAACAUGUGAGUCCCCAUAGUGAUGUUACUUUUCAGUGUGGCGUUAUUCCCCUUUUCUUUUCCAUGCACAUAUAUACUCUCUUUUAAAAGCCUGUGAAAACCUGGAAAGGGACACACAUGACCAAGUAAUCAUGUUUAUUUUAACCUCACGAAACAGCCUCGGGUUGAAUUUUUUUCACUGCGGAAGGUUUGGAACCAUCACGUUAAAUUAUUGCUGUAAAAUGUCUUUCAAAUAAUUUUGCCGUUUUCAUUGGCAACCAGAGUAGCUCCACAGUCUUGCCUAUUUUAGAAAUCAUUUCAUGAUUGCAUUUUUUUAAUCUGCUGCCAUUACUGCUGGGAUGUAGGAAGACAGCAACACUGCAUGUACUGCCUAUUGAAGAACCUGGUAAAACUGUCUCUGUCAGACUGUCUCCUGAUACCAAGAUAAAUAUGUCAUUUAUGUGGACAUGGUACAUAGGAUUAUCAUGAAAUGAAACGCAACAAAGCUAACAUAAUAAGUUCAAGUUAUACACAUUUAGGUAUAUUUUAAUUGCCUUUAAAUGGAUGGACCUUUGGUGUCACAAAGGAAAACCUAAAGUUUUUUUAGUGGCUCUGUUUAACACAAAACCAAUUCAGUAAGUUUAUGGGGUUACCUGUAAUGUUUUUUUCUUUUGUAGAGGUUUCUAUGGUAAUCAACACUGUAAGCAUUGGAUGCAUGCAUACAUAUAGACUGUUGUUUUCUCUGGUCUUCACUUUUUAGGGUUUUUAAGUCUGGCAGUGAAUCGGGGCAGAUUUGGCACAGGUAGCGUAACUUCCUGACCUUCAAUGCUCACAAAUCCUUGUGCUUAGAGUUUGUUCUACUAAUAGCGACAGAAAUGUGGAUCCUUGCCUUUUGAUUCUGAGCAAGGCUGACUCAGUCUAGAGCCGCACUCUACGACAAUUAACAUUUUUCAAUUGUUCUUCACCUCAGGCCUGAGGGUAUGUUGAGACGUCUCGCCGGGCCAGAGAAGAGGCGUCUAGGUGGCUCGGACGGGGACUGAAGGUGAGGAGGAAAGACAGACGAGGGACCAGGGAGGGAGACAUGGGUCAAUGUGUCACCAAGUGUAAGAAUCCGACGUCCUCGCUCGGCAGUAAGAGUGGAGACAAGGAGAGCGGCUCCAAGUCCCACCACAAGAAAGGAGGCAGUGCUGGUGGCAGCCACAAAGAAGAGCCCGGUGCUCCGUGUAGCAAAGCCUCCAGCGAUCUGUCGAAUGGCACCAAGGCCUUGGAGGUUACGGUGGAGACGCCCGUCAUCCCUGCAGUAAUGGGGGAACCACGCAGGGACGAGUGUCUGGAUGGAGACGGGCUGUCGAUGCUGCGCAUUGAUGAGCUGUUCCGCUGCUACAAGGAUGAACAGGAGGAUGCUAUCUUGGAGGAAGGCAUGGAGAUGUUUUGCAAUGACCUGUGUGUGGACCCAGCAGAGUUUCGUGUGCUUGUUCUCGCCUGGAAGUUUCAAGCAGCCACCAUGUGCAAGUUUACAAGGAAGGAGUUUGUUGAGGGCUGCAAGGCCAUCAAGGCAGACAGCCUCGAAGGUAUCUGCUCACGUUUCCCCGUCAUGAUGCUGGACGCCCGGGGCGAGGAGAACUUCAAGGACCUGUACCGCUUCACCUUCCAGUUUGGCCUGGACGCUGACGAGGGCCAGCGCUCGCUGCAGCGUGAAAUCGCCAUCGCCCUGUGGCGCCUGGUGUUCACCCAGGACUCGCCUGCGAUCCUGGAGCACUGGCUGGACUUCCUGUCGGAGAACCCCUCAAGUAUUCGGGGCAUUUCAAGGGACACGUGGAACAUGUUCCUCAACUUCACCCAAGCUAUUGGGCCGGACCUGAGCAACUACAGCGAGGACGAGGCCUGGCCCAGCCUCUUCGACACCUUUGUGGAGUGGGAGUUGGAGCGCAGGAAAAGAGAGGAGGAACAGGCACUGACUGCAAAGGAGGAAGAGGGGAGGUGUACUGAGACAGAGUGUUCCCCCACCACAGACAGACAUGAAACAGAGGGAAGCCGCGGCUCACAGACGUGGGGGGGCCACUGACCAGGAAUCAAGAAAUAAGGGCGCGCACGAUAUGAUCUACACCUGAACUGUACAUCUGUGAAUCAUUGGAUGAAUAUUAGUAUUACCAUUACAGCUGUUCAUUUUGUUCUCCUAUUCUGUCUGGGUGGGAUUCCUGCUUUGCACCCUUUUUUUGGGUUUCUGAAAGGGCUCUAAGAACUGUUAUUUUUAAGCACUUCUAUUUAAGUUAUUAUUUUACCUUUUUUUUUUCUCCUCCCAUGUGUGUUUUGAGUAAUUGGACAUGUGGUCCAUUUCAGCCUCCCAUCUACCGACCAUAACCAAGCAGAGUUGGAGUUUGGUUUUAAAAACAGGCGAGGGAAAGCCAUUACCUUUUCCCACAAUAUUAUUAUGUAGACGGUUCACUUUGACUUGAUAACACUGCUGAUAUGUUUAGUACAAGGAUAAAGUUAAUAAGAAAAAGAAGGGACAUUUUGGCAACCUGUUUUACUAUCAAAACAUGAGAGUAACCAUAAGGGUCAGGGGUCAGUGAAAUCAUCUUGAUUGGCCUAAUCUAGUUAGAUUGUAUGAUUUUAUCUUGCAGUGCUGUGAAGAUGAAUAGGUUGCACUUGUUUGGCCUUCACAGCUGGCCUGCAACACAGUAAUGGAUUACAAUUCUGUCACAAGGUCAUUUUGUUUUUAACGAUAAUACAACGUUGUAAUAUCCAUCUAAUUCCAAGUUGAUGGUAACGGACCCAUCCUCUCUUCUGUGUGGAGUGUUGUUUUUGAGUGCUACUGGUGCAGCGAGGGGCUGUGCUCCCUUUUGACCUCGAGCAUCUACCAUUUUCACGUCCACCUAUUUUCAAGAAGCAGUUAAGUGUGUGCAACACAAUGAUGCUGGCUUUUCUCAUUUUAGGAAGUCUGUACCGCAACAAAUGAGCUAAAGUAAUAGGUCUUGGUCAUUUCUCAACAGAUGAUGCCUAAACCUGCGUUACAUUCAGGACCGUUACAAGGGGCUUCACACAAAGCUUUUAUUGUUUACCGUCAGGAGUUUGAGAGUCAUCACAUCCUUGAACUUCUAUACAAAAAAGAAAUGUAUACGUACUUCUCAAAUAUUGUUGACUGGCGCUGGUGAUGGUUGUAAUGGAUUGCACAAAAACCAAUGGCAUGCUUAGUCGCUAUACUUGCAACACUGCAGAAAGAUUGAUGUCAACCACAUUAUUUUAAUUUCCAACCUUUUCCAAAAUGUAGAAUGAUCUUUAAAUAUAGCCUAGGGCGUUUUGGGAUGAGUGAAUGAGUGCUAACUAUGCUGGCUAAUCAAGAGUCUGUGGUAUGGGUCCAGUGUGGUAAGAGGAUGGCAUAACCUAAUCUGUUUGGUUUACAUCUACAAUGAUUUUAUUUCAGACCCCCUUUGUCCUUUUUAUAUAAAAUGUAUUGAUUUAUAAUAAAUAAAAACAGUGUUGAACUUUU